AAGAAGCAUUUCGGUCCAAUUGUGUCCUGUCUGUUCUCUGAGAUUGUUGAAAUUCCGUAUAUUUUAGUGAGAAAUGUUAUCUCCAAAACUGUACUGCAUUUUCGCCUUGCUUUUAAUACCAAUUUUCUUGGGAAAGCCUUCUUCCGCAGAUUUUACUAGUACAUCUCAAAAUAAUACGGAAAGUUAUGGGGAAGAAAGCAAUGAAAGGAAUAGUAGCAAAUUAAACAAUUUCAUAGAGAAAAGUGAUAAUGAUACGAUACCGGAAGUGCUGGUGAGUCCGUUGGAUGACGAGGAAAGUGCACGUGCUGAAGAGGAAGAGCUCGAGGAUGAAAUUGCUCAUGCAGAAGAGGAAAUGAGGGAAAUUCUGAGGGCAGAAAAUGCAAUUGACGAAGAAAAAGUUAUCCUGGAAACGCCGACUCAACGUAAUGCAAAAGUGAAGGCGGCUGCUGUGCAAAAUCUAAUGCAGAUAUUUGGCCUAACAGAAUCCCAAGUUCGAUCUGAAUCUCACGGACCACCUCCAGAAUUCAUGAUCGAGCUGUACAACACAAUAACAGACUCGAGUGGGGUUACCCGCGCCAAGAAUCCAUAUGGGGCUCAUGUAGUGCGGUCAUUUUUAGAGAAGGACGCCUCACUAAACGACUACUUUUUCUUCAACAUGUCCUCGACCGCGUUGGAGGCGACGGAAAGCGUUUUGGAGGCCGAGCUGCAUCUUUUCCGGAUGGACACACCCCGUGCCCAACUUCACCCCUCGCUCUAUUUGAACCCAUUUUAUGUCCUGUCCCUCUACCAGGUCACGGAUCUGAGCAAGCUGCACAUCCCAGACUUGCACAAAUUGUUGGCGGUUCAAUAUGUCCCUGCGUUGGGGUCUGGGUGGCAAGUGUUUAAUGUGAAAAAGCCCGUGGUGGAAUGGUUAUCUUCGCACUCCGAGAACUACGGCCUGCUCGUGUCCGCUGAAAGUGUUCAGGGUGACCGUGUCCCGAUCCGAUUUGCUCGAAGGGGAGAAACCGUGGAGAGCAAGCAACCCCUCCUUGUCCUCUUCAACCAUGACACGCACAUGGCCACCCUCGACCCCCCACCAACCCAACAGACGGCACGGAAACGAGUCCCGAAGCCAAAAAUUUCCAACGGACUCAACUCAAACAAUCUGGACGAUAAGGAGAAUGAACAAGGCAUGGAUACCACGUAUGAGACAACGACACCACUCUCGAGUUUAGAAAAUCCGCGCUUCCACCACUCUCUCCUUUUCCAGGACUCAAUCCGCCAUCCCAACUCCGUGAGUCGAUUUCGAUCCAGACGGUCACGAAAUGACACUGAUUCCACCUCCAACGGAACAGCACAUCUUCUUUCCUCGAGCAAUCUAACCGAAUGCGGGCGGCACGAUUUGUUCGUGUCAUUCGAGUCUAUUGGGUGGUCGUCAUGGAUAAUUUCGCCGAAAGGGUACAACGCCCACUAUUGUGCUGGACCUUGUGUCUUCCCCCUCGGGUCGGACGCCUCGCCCACGAACCACGCCACGGUGCAAAGCAUAAUUAACGAGCUAAAUCUCCAUCCCGGGCUGGCAAGGCCGUGCUGCGUCCCCACGACUCUCCUCCCAAUCUCACUCCUCUACUAUGACGACAAUGAUAACGUCGUGCUGAAACAGUAUGUCGACAUGGUGGCGGAAAAUUGUGGCUGUCACUGAAAUAUGUACGUAUAUAAACGGACUUUGUUAAUAAAUAAGUGAAAACAUUUAAA